UACUGUUUCUCUGCCGUAGUAACCGCAUUAUUGGCCCAAGUGUCACAGCGCAAGAAAUUUUCACCGGCUAAGCUGCAUGCAAGAAGGGAACAACAUUCUGGCUUUUGUGCCUUUAAGUACAAAAAAAUACAUAUUAAAUAUAUUGACGGCUCCAAGAAAGAUAUAUAUGUAUAGAUGUAUUAUUCCGUUCGAUGAUAUGGUACAAUUCUACUGGGAUUAUUAUUAGCCGGACGUAGGUAGCAAUGAAGACCCAGUCUUCCUAGGAUCAAAACAAGUCAAAUAAAGAAGACCGUCGCACUGCCAGUCAUGUCGUCUGACCCGCAGGGAAACUGUGUGCCACUGAACUCCGCAGAGUCGAAGAAAACGGAGUACAGGACCACGGAGAAGAAAUGCUCCUGGGCCUCCUACAUGACCAACUCCCCCACUGUCAUCGUGAUGAUUGGCCUGCCGGCAAGGGGGAAAACAUACAUGGCCAAGAAGCUAACACGCUACCUCAACUGGAUAGGUGUGCCCACCAAGGUGUUUAACCUGGGCGUGUACCGGCGGGAAGCGGUGAAGUCUUAUAAGUCCUACGAUUUCUUCAGACACGACAACGAGGAAGCCAUGAAAAUCAGGAAACAAUGUGCCCUUGUUGCUCUACAAGACGUCAAGUCCUACCUGCAUGAGGAAGGAGGUCAGAUUGCUGUGUUUGAUGCUACAAACACAACGAGGGAGAGAAGAGACCUGAUUCUUGCCUUCACUAAGGAAAAUGGCUACAAAGUGUUCUUUGUAGAGUCAGUAUGUGAUGACCCAGAAGUCAUUGCUGCCAAUAUCCUGGAGGUAAAGGUGUCCAGUCCCGACUACCCAGAAAGACACAGAGAGCGUGUCAUGGAUGACUUCCUUAAGAGAAUCGAGUGCUAUAAAGUUACAUACCAACCACUGGAUCCUGAUGAGUAUGACAGGGAUACCUCCUUCAUCAAGGUGAUGAACGUGGGCCGCCGUUUCCUGGUCAACCGGGUGCAGGACUACAUCCAGAGCAGGAUCGUCUACUACCUGAUGAACAUACAUGUACACUCUCACUCCAUCUACCUGUGUCGGCACGGCGAGAGCGAGCACAACAUGCAGGGCCGCAUCGGCGGUGAUUCCGAGCUGUCCCUGCGCGGGAAGCAGUUUGCACAAGCUCUCCGAGCAUUUAUUGAGGAGCAUGGACUCUCAGGUUUGAAGGUGUGGACCAGUCAACUGAGGAGGACCAUCCAGACUGCUGAGGAGCUGGGUGUUCCCUACGAGCAGUGGAAGAUCCUCAAUGAGAUAGAUGCUGGUGUUUGCGAGGAGAUGACCUACAAGAUGAUUGAGGACACCUUUCCAGAGGAGUUUGCCCUACGGGACCAGGACAAAUACCACUACCGCUACCCAGGAGGCGAGUCCUACCAGGACCUGGUGCAGAGGUUGGAGCCAGUAAUCAUGGAACUGGAAAGGCAGGAGAAAGUGCUGGUCAUCUGUCACCAGGCCGUGAUGCGCUGCUUGCUAGCUUACUUUCUGGACAAAAAUGCCGAUGACCUGCCCUACUUGAAAUGCCCCCUUCACUCAGUCCUCAAGCUCACACCAGUGGCCUACGGUUGCAAAGUGGAGAUGUUUCACCUGAAUGUAGAGGCGGUGAACACACACCGUGAUCGCCCUUUAAACAAAGUCCGGAAGGACCCUGCGCCCGUCCUGCUUCGCCGGAAUAGUUACACACCCCUGUCCAGUCACGACCAGGUCAAGCGACCCCGGCUCUACAGUGCCGGAAACCGGCCCUGGCUGCCCCUUGCCCCCUCCCCGUCGACCCUGCAGUUCCCGGAGGCACCAGAGGGGGCGAUGCUGCUGCAGCAAAGUGAAGUUAGUGUCAGCAGUACUGCUGGUAUUAAGGGCUCUCGCCUUUAAUCACCCUAAUCAGUCACCCACCCCCCCAACCUUCCUUCUUUAACUCCCCCACUGUUGGGCACCCCUGCCCCCAGUUCUCUUCCUACACUUCUCUCAGUGAUUUCCCUGAGGAUCUUCAGCUGGUCGAUUCAGUGAUUGCCGGUGGAGUGUAAUGGUCUGGCAUGAGCUGAUGGUCUUGUGGUUCUGGUUCAGUUCCUGUUCUCUGGAUGUCCUGUGUCCGCCCCGUACCUGCUUGUGUCUGGCAUGUCCGCCGUCCUCGUGUUGAGAAUCUGCCGCUCUACGCCUUGAUCUCCAGCUCGCCCCCAUCCGGUGCAGACCCCCACAAUAAGCACAGGGAUGAGAAGCUCCUACUCUUAAUCUUUCUGCCUCAACCUUAUGGCUGCUUCGGGCCGGUCGCCGUCCAGCUGUGCCAAACCCGCGUGGCCUUUGUCGUCUGUCGGACAGAAUAGGGAGCUUUUCAGAAUGUUUUGAUUUUUGUGGUCAGGGUUCACAUGCAGAGGGAAUUGAACGGGAUAACUUGGCUGAACUUCCAAAAACGUUUAAAAAGCCACAUUACACACGUUAUAUGCCUUUUAAAUGUUUGGACUUCUGCAUUAUACACAUUUUGGGUGUUUUUGUGAUCAAAUAGGGUGAUACGGAAUUAUAACUUGGGGGUGUAAUAUGUAAUCUGAUAUUUAUAUAUGCUGUUUGUGUGUGGGUAAUAUUCUGUAUGUCUGUGUGGUGCACAUUGUAUAUGAAAAUGUGUGUUUGUGUGCUUGGCUGUGUGUGUCUUGUGUUUCAGCUUGUUCUUUCCAUUUCUAUCUGCCCCCCUCCCCCCUUGCUCUCUAUCUCUCGCUCUCUCUCUUUCCCCCUCACUCUCUCUCUCCCCCGUCCUCUUUCCUUCACAGCCCUGGACGGCAAGCAGCUGUCAGUGAGUAUCUUGCAGGAUGUGUCUGCAGAUAUUUCCCUCACUGCAGGAACAAAGGGAUCCCCCAACCAAUAAGAAAGCUGCAGUAUUUUCUCUGAUAAAAUAAGAGAGACUUUAUCAGUAUGCAGGGCUGGAUAAAGUGUCUGAAACCCAUACUUGUGUAAUAUGUUACUAGGAAAAUUAUUCUGGUAAAAAUUAAAACCCACCUAUUAAAGUAUCACUUGCGUAAGAGAGUCAAAGUGAGUUAAAGUAUCUGUUGUUAACAGUAUUUAAGUAUCAAAUAUAUUUAGCUGGUAUCAAAUGCAGGCUUAAAUAAAGUGGUGUUGAAGGUUAGUUAGGCACAAUAACCUAAUGUAUCAGUUUCCAAAAGAAAAACUAGAUGGUGUUGCAGUACUUUUAUGAGAUCUUGUAAUAGGCCUACUGUCUCAAAAUACUUAUUUAUUAUUAAUUACACGGUAUUCAUACGGUAUAACAAAUGGACUAAUAGCUAUAAAACUGAAUGACAUAGACAUGGCCAUCAAAAUGUUCUUUAAGCAAUAGACUAUGGAGGACAAUGCACACUGUUCAAUUUUAAGAUUAUGUGUUUAUGCAUAUUUAUUAAUACCUGUGCCCAUUUACCAGCAAAAAAAUGUUUUAUGUACACUCAUACUCUUCUUCAAGCAGAAUUAGCAGGAGGUAUUUUUGACAGCUUGUUCGGGUUUAAACCUAGCUAAGUCUAAAUUUGGAUAUCUGUCAGCAAAUUAUCAAAUAAACAUACAUAUAUAUAUAUAUAUAAAAUCUGUCAUGGCUUUCAAAGGCUUACUUAUCAUUCUGUUAUGGGUUUUUAUAAAUGUUUUUAUCUAUUAUUAUUCUUUAUUCCAUUUUCAUUUUGUUUUACAAGUGCUUUCUGGCACUUGCCAGGCUGUCAUUGUAAAUAAGAAACUGUUCUUAAUGCUUCGCCUGGUAAAAUAAAGGUUAAUGAAUGAAUGAAUGAAUGAAUGAAUGAAUGAAAAGCAAGCAACACCCAUUGGUUUUCCAGAUUUCUGUACAUGCAAAUCUCAAUUAAUGUUUGAAUGUUCACAUGUGCACUUUACAUUCUAUAUCUAUCGCUUGCUUACAGUCACUGGAAGUAAAAGGAUGCCGUGUGAUUAUUCACAAUAUGUAAAAAUACAUAAUCUGAAAUGGUUGAAACAGUUUACUGGACAUGUCUGUGUUAUUUAGGUUUAUAGUUCCCAGUCCAUCAAUUCUAAACUUCCUACUUUGAAUUGACAGAGAACUGUUAUGAGUAGUAAUGCAAAAGUAUUGCAGGAUCUCACAAAAUCUCAUUAUUCUUCCCUUCCAUUAAUUUUUUCCCCUCCCAUGUCCCCUGUGGCAGAUUGGCCACAAACCCUUAUGUACUCCCUAUUGGGGCAAUACAGCUGUGUUUUUACUGCGCUCCUACAGACAAAAUUAGGUUGGCUAUACAAAAUGUAAUGAAUAACAGCCAUUGUCAAUAGAAAUAUACUAAAGUAAAAAGCACAGAAUCCCUUUUUAAUUGUAAAGUAGAAAGUGAAAGCUGCUAAUAUAGUGAAUACUCAGUCAAGUACAAAGUUGUCAAAAUAAUACUUAAUUACAGUAACAAAGUACAGUUACUCAAAUACUGACAGCACUGUGAUUAUGUUAUCGCUCAGUUUCAUGGGUAAACACCUUCCUGCCUUUGCAGUCUUGUUGUGAUCAUAUCCUGAGAGAAGCACAUAUUUCUCAGAGAUGCCUCUAUGUGCCUGUUUUCUCCAAGGCAGAAUUUUAUCCCUCAUUUUUUGGUGACUUUAUUCUGUAGCCCUGCUGAUGACAGUGGAUACGUUCAGUUAAGAGUUAUAUAAAGUAUUUUUGGCACUGAUUAGGCUUGUGAAAAGGAUACCUGUGUGAUAUUUUUGUCUAGAAGCUAAGUAUAGAAGAAAAAAUGACCUUUUACCUUAAAUCCCCUCUGAGGUAUUUUUUGGGACCAGUUAAUGAGACAGAAUAAAUGUUUUGAAACUGUUUAUCUAACAGUCUAACAGCGAUGGUGGUGCAGGAGGUAGUGCUACUGUUCGGCAACCGGAGGGUUGCAGGUUCGA